UCACUUAAAUGCAGCUCCAGUAGGCUGUAUGAUACCCACCAGCAUCACUCACACUGUGACUUUGGGUUUGUAACCAUGAUCUCCAGCUUGGUCUUUCUACUUCUUUGUGGAAAUAUUGCCCUAACCCUGGGAAAUGCACAGAAAUUGCCAAAAGGUAAAAAGUCAAGCCUGAAAGUCUACAUCAAUACCACAGGUGACUCCAUUCUCAUGAAGUUUCUUCGUCCAGAUACAAACACCAAACUAGAAGGUUUUGUCUUGGGAUAUGGUAGCAAUUCACAUUCCAACCAAUACUUCCCAUUGCCUGCAGAAGGGAAGUCAUCUGAGGCGGAAGUUGAUGCAGAGCCUAAAUAUUUGAUAGUUGUGCGACCUGUACCCCCUCCAAGCCAAAAGAAAAAAUGUUCAGGUAAAUCUCGUACCCGAAAACCUCUCCAAAUGGUAGUUGGCACUUUGUCACCAAGCUCAGUCUUUCUGUCCUGGGGUUUCCUCAUCAACCCACAAUAUGAUUGGACCUUACCGACUCAGUGUCCUAAUGACAGAUUAUAUACAGUUCGCUAUCGGGAAAAAGACAAAGAAAAAAAAUGGAUUUUCCAACUCUGCCCAGCCACUGAAACAGUAGUUGAGAAUCUGAAGCCAAAUACCAUUUAUGAAUUUGGAGUGAAAGAUAAUUUAGAAGGAGGACUCUGGAGCAGGAUUUUUAAUCACAAGACUGUUAUAGGAAGAAAUGGAAAAAUUCAAAGUACCUAUGACCAGAUGCAUACAGUGCCAGCAUACAUUCCAAAGAAGAUAAUUCCCAUUACAGUUAUCAAACAAGUAAUUCAGAAUGUCACACAUCGAGCAGCAUCAAAAUCUCCAGACAAGCCUUCGGUAGGAGGAACAAUAUUAGUCCAUCUUAUCAUUCCUGGUCUGAAUGAAACCACUCUGAAAGGUCCUCCACCGGUCAUGUUGGAUAUUUCUGAAACCAUCAAGACCCCACUAGCUAAGAAUGAAACCCCGGCGUUACCUGCUGAAUCUAAAACACAAGAGGAAAAAAUGCCAACACAACCUGGACAAGUGACAAUGGAAACUGUACGAAGAACCAUUAGCCCAGCUGUGACUAGUGUCUUAGAAAUUUCAGAAGCACCUUUGGCUCAAAACAGGCUUCCAGAAUUCCCUCAAGCCAAAACGCAAUUCCCUCUGGUGAAACCUAGGGCGACAUUGGCUUCAGAUGAGAUGCAAUGGAUUGCUCGUACAGCCAAAACAUCUGAUGUUCCGAAAGUUCUGCAGCCCCACACUGCAACGUAUGACAUGCAGCCUGUUUUCUCAAGCCCUCCAACAACAGAUGAACCUGAAAUAUCCACAGCCCGAACAGCAGCAACAAGUGAUUCUACUCUGGACUCUGCUCCGUCUAAAACUUCUAGAACAAUUGAACAGCCAAGGGCAACACUGGCUCCAAAUGAAACACUGCUUCUUCCUCAAAAACCGAAAAUAUCUGCCAGUCCUGAAACACAACACACUACAUUUGCUUCCACACAAACCACAUCCAUUCCUUCUACACCUAAGCGACAACGCCCCAAGAUCAGACCAACAGGAACCAAACGUGUGAAAAGCUCAACCACUUCAGAAUCUACACCAAAGUCCAAACCAACUUCUCUUGAACUUGAGAGCCAAACAGCAAAACCGGCUCCUAAAGAGAUACUUCCUGGUCCCCCCAAACCAACAUCUCCCCCAGGCCCAGAAGUAUCACAACUAACUCCUGCCCAGGAGUCUGUUAGUAUUGAAACUUCACCAGCACCACCUUCACCACUGUCUCCGACGACAAUAGCUCCACCAAAAUCAAAACGGCCGGGUCGGCGGCGUCCUAAAACCACAUCUAGUCCCAAAGCACCCCCCACCAAACCUGCCCUGGAACCAGUUAUACUAACAACUGAAACAACAAAGACUACAAUAGCUUCCAAACCACGCGGGUCCAAACCUAAAGGUCGUAAGGCUAAAACCACACCACGUACAUCUACAGCACACACCGUAUCUGCAUAUGAACCUGUUACACACAGUACAGAGGCAUCGGUGACAACUCUGGCUUCCCAGUUGGACAAAUCACCGCCACAUGCAGGUCCCCAACUUAAAACCACACUAAGUCCAGAUGUGCCAGAGAUCAAACCUGUCGUGGAAUCUGCAACAUUCAAAACUGAUGCCAUGGUAACAAUAAUAGCCCCAGGACCAGGGACAGUUAUAACUCAUUCUCCAACAACAACAUUAGCUCAAAUGAAAACAAAGCCUCCUCAUCAAAAGCAUCCUAGACUUAAAACUACAGUGAAACCAGAGAAACCACAGACCAAAUCUGUUCCUACUACAGCUUUAGAACCUGCCACCCUUAGAACUGUGACUCCAGUAACAACAUUAGCACCCAAAGUGCCUACAAUGACACGGCGUCCUCGUCCACGCCCAGGCUCACAUCUACCCCAAACUACUACACCACGUCCUGAAGCACCUCAAACCAAACCUGCUCCCAUAGAAGUGCAAACUAAUCUUUUCCAAACAACAUCACCACGCCUAGAGAAACCACCAAUUACACCUGCUCACAAACCAAGCAAACAAAAUCGAACAAAGUCACCUUCACAUUUCAAGCUUAAAACAACUCCAACUCUACCCGUACCUCAAACCAAACCGGUUUCUAAAAUAGAACUGGAAUCCGUUACAUUUAGCACUGAGUCACCAAAGCCAACCAUAGUUCCGGCAGAAACACAUUAUGCACAUCCUAUACCUAAAACACAGAGCCCCGAUGAGCAACAAACCAAAGCUGUCCUGGAAUCUAGUACAUAUGUAUCUGAGCCUCCCACGGAAACAAUAGCUUCCGUAGAGACAACACCUCUGCCUUCCAAAACUUUAGCACUGCCCAGGCCAGAUGCACCACAGACAAAACCUGCUCCAAAACAGACAACACGUGCUCCACCCAAAAUGAAAACAACACCAAGCUCGAUCAAGCCUGCUCCGAAGGGUUCCCGACCUGUCACUUCAAAACCGAAAAUAACACCAAGACCACACGUGUUACCGACUCUACCUGCUCCCACAGAAAGACACAUCUCUUCCUCACCUCAGGCAUCCCCCAGUCCUGUUAUGUCUCCAACCACAUAUGUCCCAGAAGAAAAUGCAAUUAGAAUCAAGCAACCAAAGACAACUAUAGUCCCAACAACCAUCACACUGAGAACAGCAACAUCAACAACAAUAGCUCCCAGAAAUGUACAUAAACCAGGCCCAGAUGUCUCUCAGACCAAACCUGUCCUGGAACCUGUUACAUUUAGAAUUGAACCAUCAAAGUCAACAAUGGCUCCUACAGGGACAAAGGGCAUUCCUUUUAAGCCUAAGAUUUCACCAAGUCCAAGUCAAGACGUACUACAAACCACACCCGCAGAAACAGGUCAAUCCACUCAGCAACCAGCCACCACAAAGACUCCUCGAACACCUAAGCGAACAAGGACAACUCAGGCGCCACAUAAAGUUUACACUACUACUAUAAGGAGGAGACCUAUUAGGCCAUCUGUCAGACCAGCCAAAAAUAGGACAAUUUCAGGAACUGAUAGGCCCAAACCCAAUGGAAUUUCACAAGAAACAGGUUACACCAAGCCCAUUUCUGGAAAUGUUGAAAAGCCUCUCAGUGUCCCCAAAAAUGUUUCACUUGAUGCUACAAAAAAACCAGGUACAGAAGCUGAUAUUCAUCGCCCCACCUUGCCACCUCCUAAAUCAACACAGCCCCAAAGAAAACCUCUACCACCAAACAAUGUGACCGGCAAGCCAGGAAGUACAGGAACCAUCUUGUUACCACGAGUAACCUCCCCUCCUCCAAAGGUGACAGUUAAACCUACAGGCCCCACCAUGCCAAAGAAAAUCGAGACAGACAAAAAGCAGCCAACAGUCUCUGUUACCGGAGAAUAUGGUAACUUGACUGACUUUAGCUCAAGCCCUACAAGAGAGACAGAUUCCCUGGGGAAUCAGCGGUUUAUGGCUCCUCACGUGAAAUACAUUCCGAAGCCUGAGGAUGAGCCAUGUUCUAUCACUGAUUCGGUGAAGCGGUUCCCAAAAGAGGAGGUGUCAGACGACAGCCCCACCAGCCCCCCCCAGAAUCCUCCCACCAACCUCACUGUGGUUACAGUGGAAGGGUGCUCGUCCUUCGUCAUACUGGACUGGGAGAAACCACAGAACGACACGGUCACUGAAUAUGAAGUUAGAUCCAAAGAAAAUGGAGAACCUACUGGGAAGAAGGAAUCUGUUCAAACAACAAAUCAAACCUUCUCUACAAUAGAAAAUCUAAAACCAAACACCAGUUAUGAAUUCCAGGUGACACCCAGAAACCCUCUUGGCGAAGGCCCACCUAGCAAAACUGUGGCAUUCAGUACUGAAUCAGCGGAUCCAAGAGUGAGUGAGCCAAUUUUAGCAGGAAGAGAUGCCAUCUGGACCGAAAUACCCUUUAAAUCAGACUCUUAUUCAGAAUGCAAAGGCAAACAGUAUGUCAAGAGAACUUGGUAUAAGAAGUUUGUAGGUGUGCAGCUCUGCAAUUCUUUGCGAUACAAGAUUUACUUGAGUGAUUCACUCACAGGAAAAUUUUACAACAUAGGAGAUCAGAGAGGACAUGGAGAAGAUCAUUGCCAGUUUGUGGAUUCCUUUUUAGAUGGCCGGACUGGACAGCAACUCAGUUCUGAUCAGCUGCCCAUCAAAGAAGGCUACUUUAGAGCAGUUCGCCAAGAACCAGUCCAAUUUGGAGAAAUAGGUGGUCACACACAAAUCAACUAUGUCCAGUGGUAUGAAUGUGGAACUACAAUCCCUGGAAAAUGGUAGAUGCUUGCGGCAGUGCUGAGAGAUGCCUUCUGUUCCAUCAAGGAAAAAGCGUUGGAAAUGUUAUAGUAUUUUUCCCACUUAAACCUUCUGUUUAUUAUGUAUAGAAAUUUAAAAUGGAAUUAAUGGCAAUAUUAACUGUUAGGAUGCUUACUAUAUUUAUCAGGUUCUACAAAGUCAUUUAAAUAAAAUAAGAUAUAGGCAUUAACAGGAAUUUGGGAAGCUGGCUCCCUGCUCAUAGUAUUUUAAGAGAUACAGUUUGUAUGUUAUUUAUCACAGUGUUGUAAUAAAUGUUUUGAGGCACUUUUAUGGUAAACUUAAAGUAUAAUAUGCAUUAAUUUUAAAUAUUCACUUUUAUUGCCUGUUUAGGUAACUCUACAAACCUCUAUUCUCCCUCCCUUUAUAAUUAACUUUAACUUAUUGGAUCAAACUCUUCCUCAAUAGAGCUGAAAAUACAAUUUUCCCAAUAUUUACAUAGUCCUCAGAAGAGAAACAGUUGAAUAAGCUUUUCUGGAAGAGCUUUGACACACAAUCGGAUAUUUAGUGGAGAUAUUUGUCAAGUCUUGAGUGGAAUGUUAGGCAAGUUUCAUUUUAGCAGUUCUGCACCACCUAUGCUCAGUAGAAUUCAGAGUCCCGUUUACUUAAGAGAUUUAUUCUCUACCCAUCCACCUAUGCUGUAGUGUCUGGAUGUAUUUUUUUUCAUCAAACUUAGGAUUUCCACUAUCCCUUAAAAUAAAUGUGUCUUCAUUUAAUCUAUUAACAAGGUCAUGUCCCUAGCCAAGUUGUAAGCACUGGUUCUGAUGUUUGAGCACAAAAGAGUAGUAAAUGAACAAGGUCUAUAAUAAUGUACAGGAUAUUUGCUAUAUAUAUGUUGUAUAAAAGACAUCUAUGAAUGAAUGCAAAGGAGGAUAUUUGUUGUAAUUCUGUUUUAACUCAAACUGUAAAGAAAAUCUGGUUAAAUAAAGACUGUUCCUGGGGGAAGGGGAAUAAUUCACUGUGCUUAAUGUCUUUUAUACUGUUGCUUUUAUUCCAAAAAUGCCUCAAUUUUCCCCCUCCAAUGCUACAUACAUUUUUUAUUUUUCAAACAUUAAUGAACUCUGCAAUAAAGAGAUGUAGUUUUUUUAA